AUGCCUCUCCCAGACAAGUACGAGCUGCCAGCAGCAGCAGACUUCCACGUCCACGUUCGAGAUGGCCCCAUGUCUGCUGCCGUCGUGCCCACAAUACGGCAGGGCGGCGUCAACGUGGCAUACGUGAUGCCCAACCUCGUCCCUCCCGUCACCAACGUCCAGAUGGCCCUGGAGUACAAGCGGCGCCUGCUUAAAGUGGAUCCCACUGUCACCUACCUUAUGACCCUCUACCUCCACCCCUCCAUCACGCCCGAGGUGGUCCGCGAGGCCAAGAAGGCCGGAAUCGCAGGCAUCAAGAGCUACCCGGCGGGUCUGACGACGAACUCGGAGUCUGGCGUGACGGACUACCAGCAGUUCUACCCCGUGUUCGCGGCUAUGGAAGAGGAGGGCCUCAUCUUGAACAUCCAUGGUGAAUGCGCCAGCGACCACAAGAAGAACAUCACCAUCAUGAAUGCCGAGUCGAGCUUCCUGCCGACCCUCAAGGCGAUCCACACGAAGUUCCCGAAACUCAAGAUCGUCCUGGAACACUGCACGACUGCUGAUGCUGUCAAGGCUGUCGAGGCGUGUGGUGACACCGUGGUCGGGACCAUCACAGCCCACCACCUGUUCUUGAUCGUCGAUGAUUGGGCAGGGGAUGUGUUCCAUUACUGCAAGCCAGUCGCAAAGAUGCCAAACGACCGCCUCGCCCUCCUCCGGGCCGCCGUCACCAGCAAGGGCAAGUUCUUCCUAGGCACCGACUCGGCGCCGCACGACAUCAGCGCCAAGAAGGGCAAGGGCAACACCGCGGCAGGCGUCUUCACGCAGCCCUACGCCGUCGCAUACGUCCUCACGGCCCUGGAGGAGGCCGUCGCCAGGGGGGACAUCGAGGAGGCUCAGGUCACGCAGGAGCUGCUGGAGGGCUUCCUGGGCGGGUUCGGGCGGGGUUUCUACGGGGUUGAGGAGCCCAAGGAGAGGAUCGUGGUGGAGAAGAAGGACGAGGUUGUGGUGGAGAGUAUCAAGGGUGAGGGCAUCGAGGUCGUGCCUUUCAGGAAGGGUAAGCCUACUUGGAGCGUGCGGUGGUUGUGA